CAAACAGUUGGAUCCUUGGCUUAGUAAAAGAUACAAUUGUGAUUUUGCUUUGAACUGUAAAACAUAAUCAUUACGAAAAUGCCGUUAACUGGAGAUAAGUCAACAAACCCUGACAAAACAGAAAACUUUAGAAUAACUGGAGUUAAGGAAUUGGAUGGAGGCAAUGUUUCGGUGACUGGUUUUGCUAAUGGGGUGAGGCAGGCGUAUGAUCCAAUGAAGCCCAAUGCACCAGCGUACGCCAAUGCAGGUUUAAGCCUGGGAGGGGAAACUAGCGCCGGUUCCGUAGGUUUGACAGGAGUGCACGUGCCAAAUCGCGCUAAUGUUCUGACAGCCUCCACAAAUUUGCAUUUGGUGAAUAAUGACACCCAUCGACUGACUGCCAACGCCUUUACUACCUCUGUGAUGCCGAAGGCUGGUCCGAACUUCGCAACACAUGGCGGUGGAAUGGACUAUAGUUACAAGAACACGGUAGGAGCAAACGCUUCAGUCUCCCAUACGCCGAUGUUCAAACAAACGGAGUACUCCGUGGGUGGAAAUCUAAACCUACACCAAACACCAACCUCGUCUUUUGGAAUCAACCUUGGAGCAAACAAAACAGACAGCCCUUUUAGCAGAGGAAACUGGCAACCUGCCGGUUCGUUUCAAUUCAAAAAGUCUUUCUAAGCUAUACGUACCUAUACUUUUUGAUCAUAAGUGCCUUUUAAUAGCACUUCUAUUCAUCAUGUAGUAUACUCUUUAAUCUUUAUAGUUGCUUAUAAUUGUACUUCAGACAACUGUCAUUAUGGUUCAACUUAUUUACCGGGGUCUAUACUUGGCCAACGGAAAAUACAUGUCAAAAAAGUAAAAGUCAAUGUUCAUUUAUUUCAAUUAGGCUUAGUUUAUAAGUACUUUCGAAACGUCAAGUAAUAAUAUUAUUAGAUAAUGGUGAUAAAAAUUGGUCGAAAACUUAAAAUGAAAGUUACGCACCAUGGUCCGAGAAGGGCUAACAAACUUAGCCAGGGUAUAUUUUUUGUUUAUCACCAUUUUACAAAUUUAUCUAGAACUAAGUACACAAUCGAAUAGUGCAAUUUAAUGCCAAGCAUUUUUAUCAUCUGAAUAUUGUAAUAUCCUAAACACGAUUGUCCUUUAAACUAUGAUUUUUUUAAAAUGUAAGUAACUAUGUAUUUGCUUCGCUCGUAUAUUUUUUAAAUAUAGGUAACUGAGCAUAAAAUAUAGAUAACUAGGCAUUUCAUUAGACGAGAAAAGUCGCGUAUCUAGGGCACGUGCUACUACGCGAGAGCUCAUUUUGAUGGAAAAGGUUGCUGGUAGAAGAGGCGUUGGUCGCAGGAAGAAAUCUUGGCUGAGAAACAUCAGAGAGUGGACCGAGAUCGCGAGCGCCGCACAAUUAUUUCGCCUCGCGUAGGAUAGAGACGAGUUCAAGAAACUGACUUUUGGUUGACUGACUGCCAACCUUCGCUAGUCGGAGAGGCGCCCUAAGAAGAAAGCAUUUCACAUUAUUUUCGUUAAUGAUAAGUUUUCAAAACAAUGUUACACUGCAAAGUAUUAUUAAUUAAAAUGUUUAUAAAUUUGUA